UCGUGAUCAUCGUGCUUUUGACGUUAAUGCCCGAUCUGCGAUUCGUCGUUUAGCUGUUGUUUUUGUUUGUUGUCACGAGAAAUGAAAAGACAGAGCUCCGGCAAUAGGACCCAUGCAAACGAGGAUGAGCCCUGCAACUGGAAAAAAUGGCGUGCUGAAAGAAAACAGCAGCUUCUCAAAUGGAGGGAAGAAAGGCUCAUCAAAAAGCUCGAGAAGGAAAAGAAAGCGAAGGAAUCCGAAGAACAGCAGGCCUCGUCCAUGGAUUCCGAAUCGAAAGGCCGGAAGUACACCCUCAGCAUAGCAGUCCCAGGUUCCAUAAUGGACAAUGCUCAGAAUGCGGAAUUGCGAACUUACUUAGCCGGUCAGAUUGCAAGGGCUGCAGUCGUUUUUUGCGUGGAUGAAAUCGUUGUCUAUGAUGAUGAUGGCUCAACUACACGUGGUGCAAAUGGGACUGCUGUGGAUGGAGAAUUUGGUGGCCUUGCCAAAUCUGGUCAAGGCGUGGUGCAGUUGGCACGUGUCCUACAGUACCUCGAGUGCCCGCAGUACCUACGCAAGCAUCUCUUUCCCUUGCAUCGUGACCUGCAGUUUGCAGGGUUGCUGAAUCCACUGGACUGCCCACACCACCUGCGCGCCACUGAGGAGAGUCCGUAUCGUGAAGGAAUUGUGGCACGGCUGCCUGUUAAGGAAGGCAGUGGGUCUUACGUCAACUGUGGGCUCAACAAAGAGGUGAAGAUAGACCGCUGUCUGCAACCAGGAGUGCGAGUUACUGUAAAAAUGAAAGAAGGAGUCCCUGGCAAGAAGCUGCGAGGUACUGCUGUGUCACCGUCGUGUCCUCGAACAGAAGCAGGCCUCUACUGGGGUUAUGAAGUCAGGGUAGCUCGUAGUCUUGGUGCAGUCCUGGCCGAGUGCCCUUUUCCAGGUGGCUACGACAUUACCCUGGGCACUUCAGAACGAGGGACACCUGUUGAUGAGCUCGAGUUACCUCAUCGGUUCGAACAUGCACUUGUUGUGUUCGGAGGUCUCAAAGGUCUGGAGGCAGCCCUUGAAGCAGAUGAAGCUCUGGAUGUUGAUGAUCCUGAGUACUUAUUCAACCACUACCUAAACACCUGUCCUAGCCAAGGAUCAAGAACAAUUAGGACAGAGGAGGCCAUCCUUAUCUCGCUCUCGGCCUUACGACCCAAGAUUGUGGCUGCACAGAGUGGUGAUAGUGCUGUGGAUUCCUCCUGAGGCAACACUUCUUUGGUGUGUGUGAUCCACGCGCAUACAUCAUCUCCUGUUGACGCGACGAAACUUGUUUUUGUCAAUCUUGUCAAAAAACAGCAGCCCCGCUGCCCUCUCAAUGGUGUCUAAUGGAACCUGAAAAAAAUAUAGAGCAUUUCCUUAUGCAGUGAAGGACUAUGAACAACACGCAGCUAAUUGAAAUCAGUCCUGCACAGCCACCAACCAAUAGUUCGGACAUCACUGAUUGCAGUCCUGUACAGUCAUCGGCCAAUAGUCCGGAUAUCACUGAUUAUUCAAACAGUCCACCUCAAUGACUAAUCCAUAAAGACGACCAAAAAAUUUUGGACAAAUUACAGUGUGCUGUGCAAUAUUUUAGUUUAGAUAUGUUACCGGCGUAAAGUGGUGUACUGUGUCCAGUUUUCUACACGCUAAGCCUCGCUAUGUCACCGGCGUUUAUUCAAAACCAAAACUACCGGACAAUGGUAAUUGAUCUAGUAGCCACUGACCAUGCCCAGCUACUAAGUCGUAGAAGUUGAAUUUUCACGAUUUAUUGUACAAUCUUGGGCAGCAUAUUCCAUUAUUAGUUUCACAUGGCACCAACUCUACUCUUGAUGUCCGUGGCAGACUAUUACUGUUAUGAAGUCAGGGAAGAAGAUACACUGCACACACUCAUUACUUUAUUUGUAGCGAUGGCAUGAUAGUGGUUGAGAUAUGGGCCACAAUUAUGUUGCGAUGCUGCUCGCUUGGUGCCACUUUUUACAUCCACUGUUCACGGCCAAAUGAUCUUGUUUGUAGCGCGGGUAGAGCAUUGCUCUCACCAAUGACUAAGAAUAAGAAAGCAUUAAGAGGAAUAACGUAAGAAAACCCAUCGCUACAAUAUUGCAGCCACACACUGUUUAGGCCAUAGGUACUAAGUGUGUGUGCAUGUGUGGGCUGCAGCAAGAUGUUUGACGAUCACUUUCAAUGAUACCUUUCAUUUUGUAAAAUUUCGCACGAAUGGCACAGGCUGCGUCAAUGGGCAGGAGCGUCUCCGGGAAUGUGAUAAGGCAACAUGCUUGUGACUGUGCCAAGAGUGAGUCUUGCGCUAUUUACACUAAAUUGAUAUCAUCCACAAAACUGACUAUCUGAAAAUACGGAACAUCUAAUAGGUGUGCCAAAAAUUCAGCACACCUUUAUUAGGGGGGAUGGGAGAGAAGGGAAGCAUUUAUAGAGUAAUGUUACUAAUUAUUUGGUGACUCCAGUACAUUAGACUUCUGAGCGUCAAUUUUAUUGGUUGGGAACUGUCGAUGUAUUUCAGUGGUGAUACAGCAGCAGCCACCUUGUGAAUAGUUUAGAUUUCACGACCAGGUGUGAAGGCAGGGGACCACUGCUGCCUGGUGCACAUGUCAUUUUGUUGUGGCACACAGUGUCAAUAAAAAUAAAACUGGACAAUGA